CACUACAACCAGUCUUUUCUUUCGCCCGCGCCCGCUGCUCGCGUCCAUGGAUUGCUAAAUGCGGUUGUAUUAAAAUAAUGUGUGAAAAUUGCCGUUACUCGUGUGUUUAUUCAUUGAUAAGUGAAUAAUUGUGAACAACAGUGAUUGGGCUUUGUGUUAUGAAGUUAAGUGAAAGCUGAGGAAGGCUUGCAAGGAACUUGGCCGCGUAUUUACCAGAUGGCGACCCCGGGAGGGGGCGGAGGCACCGAGUGGUCGGAGGGGGCGGCGCUGUGGUUCCAGCCGGCCGGCGCCGCCGCCCCGCUGCCGGGCCACCUGCUGGAGGUGCACCGCGCCGCCAGGGUACUGCUGGUCAGCGCCGUCGUCAAUGGACAGCCCCAGACCUUCGCCCUCCAGAUGGGCAACGGCGAAGAGGAGGGCGACCCGGUAUGGCCGCGCGAGGAGCUCGGCCCCGCCGGCGUGGACGACAUGACGCGCCUGCAUGACCUGCAUGAGGCGGCCUUAUUGUGGAACCUCAAGCUACGAUACGAGCAAGGUCUUAUCUACACGUAUGCGGGGUCCAUAUUGGUCGCUGUCAACCCGUAUCGGCCUGUCGACGCGUUGUAUGGCCUGCAGACCGCUAGGAGGUACCACGCAGCGGAAGCACUAGGCGACCUCCCGCCGCAUCUAUUCGCCAUAGCGGCGGCGGCGCGUGCGUCGCUUCCACAGCCGCAAGCCGUGCUCAUCUCCGGCGAGUCGGGCGCUGGCAAGACAGAGUCCACCAAACUAGCCGUGCAAUUCCUGGCUGCAGUAGCUCCAGCACCUCCCGGCCGUGCCCCUGUCUCUGAACAGAUCUUAGAGGCCGCUCCUCUCCUUGAAGCCUUUGGCAACGCCAGAACCCCAAAAAACCACAACUCUAGUCGUUUCGGGAAACUCCUCGAACUCUAUUUCAAAGAUGGCGCGCUAGCCGGUGCGCGAGUCGCCCACUAUUUACUCGAAAAGUCCAGAAUAGUAACGCAGUCGCCGGGAGAGAGGAAUUAUCACGUGUUUUAUGAACUACUGGCGGGACUGGACGAGGAACAGAGGCGUUCUAGAGGUCUUUUAUCAGCUGAGCAUUAUUUCUACUUAAAUCAAGGCGGAGAUUCAGGAGGCGCGGGUGCCGGGGCCGACUGGUCCGCGUUAUGCGGGGCCAUGCAAGUGCUCGGCAUCGGGGACUCGGAAAGAGAAGACAUUAUAAGAGUUUUAGCAGCUGUCUUACAUUUAGGAAACGUGUAUUUCCACCGGAGACAGUUGCGUCAUGGACAGGAGGGAGUUCAGCUGGGUGGGGGCGCGGAGGUGCGCUGGGCGGCGCACUUGCUUAAAGUACCAGCUGAAGCUUUAGCGAGAGCAUUGACCACUAGAGUAACAGCCGCUAGGGCUGAGCGGAUGAGGUCACCACUGCCCAUUGACCAGGCGUUAGACGCGAGAGACGCCUUCGCCAAGGCUCUAUACUCCUCCCUAUUCAACUGGCUCGUCCUAAGAAUCAACUCGAUAGUCCACCGCGGUGGUCUGCACGACGCUCACAGAAUAUCUCUCCUGGACAUCUUCGGGUUUGAAGACUUGGAAGAGAAUUCUUUCGAGCAGCUCUGCAUCAACUACGCCAACGAAACGCUGCAGCAUUACUUCAACAAACAUAUAUUUAAGUUGGAGCAGCAAGAGUAUCAGAAGGAACGACUGGAGUGGUCGAAUCUCACGUGGAAUGACAACUCUCCAGUGAUCCAACUGCUGAGCAAGAAGCCAGUGGGCAUCCUGCACCUGCUGGAUGAUGAGAGCAACUUCCCGCGGGCCUCCGACGCGUCCUUCCUCGAGAAGUGUCACUAUAACCACGCGCUCAACGAGCUCUACUCCCGACCACGGCUUGGCGCCAGCGAGUUUGGGAUCAAGCACUACGCGGGCCAAGUGUGGUACAACGUAGAUGGUUUCCUGGACAAGAAUCGCGACGCCUUGCGCGCUGAUGUACUAGAGCUGUUGUGUAGCAGCGAGGUGCCCCUCGUAGCUGAGAUGUCAGCACAGUUACGGGCACAACAUGAUGCGAAUAAGACGCUGCCACGCGGCGCCAACGGGAGGUUCGUCACCAUGAAGCCGCGGACACCCACAGUUGCUGCUAGAUUCUCCGACAGCCUCCACCAGCUGUUAGACUCCAUGUCUCGCUGCAACCCGUGGUUCGUGCGUUGCAUCAAGCCGAACACCGACAAGUCGCCGAUGAAGUUCGACAUGCCAUGUGUGCUUGCGCAGCUACGAUACACCGGCAUGCUCGACACAAUCAAGAUCAGACAGAUGGGCUACCCCAUUCGGAUACCCUUCCAGAACUUUGUUGAAAGAUACCGGUACCUGCUGAAAUCCACCCCGCCUCGCUCGACGCCCUACCGUGAAAUUUGCAACUCCAUUCUCGCCGAGAUGCCCCCUACAGGAGCCGUCGGCGCGGACUACCAGCUGGGCGCGGCUCGCGUGUUCAUCCGCGAGGCGCUACACCGGGCGCUGGAGAGGGCGCGCGCCGACAAAUUGCGCGCCGCCGCCACUAAACUGCAGGCGCAGAUACGGGGCUACCUCGCUAGGAAGCGCUACAAGGCGAUGCGGUCGUCAACGGUGAAGCUGCAGGCGUGGUGGCGCGGGCGGCGCGAGCGGCGGCGCUUCGAGACGGCGCGGCGCGGCGUGGUGCGCGCGCAGGCGCUGCUGCGCGGGCGCCGCGCGCGGCGGCGGCUGGCCGCGCUGCGGGACCAGCAGCGGCGCCGCCUGCAGGCGCAGCAGAGCGCCGCCAAACGUCGAGCUGCUGCAGCGGCAGCAGAACAGAAGGCCAAAGCGGAGAGCUUGCAGGCGCUGGAGGUGCCCGCGGAGCUCGCCUUCAUCCUCAGCAAGCUGGACGAGUGGCAGCCGCCGCACACUGAGAGGAAUUUGACCAAGGUGGCCGGUGACGUACACGCCGAAGACGAGCGCAUCCAGCUGCCGCGCGAGCUGCAGCAGUUCGCCUUCAGCAAGUUCAGCUCCGUGUACUUCGCGGACGGAGGCCAGCUCAGUCCCAGGAAGCACCCCAUCACACGACCCUUCCUCUCCAAAGCCGCUGUCAGAGACCAAGAUUUCAACGACGCAGUGGCUACGUUCAAGUUAAUAUUGAGAUGGUGCGACGAAUCAUCCGCGGGGAACGAAUCACGACAGAAGGUGUUAGCAGACUACAUAGCCUCCCGCGGGCUGUCUUCGCGCGGCUUGAGAGAUGAGAUCCUCGUACAACUGUGCAACCAGGCUAGUGGGAACGACGCCUCCGCCGACAGGGUGUGGGCGUUGAUGGCGCACUGCCUCGCCGUCAUACAGCCGGGGCCUCCGCUGUACAAGUACCUAGUCCGGUUCGUGUCGGAGCGCGCCCCGGGCCGCGAGCGGGCGCUGCUGCUGCGGCUGCUGGGCGGCGCCGGCGCGGCGGCGGCGCGGGCGGCGGGCGUGGCGCGGCGCUGCCCGCCCUCGCUGCUGGAGUGGCGCGCCGCCGCCGCACACGCCCGCCCCGCGCUGCCGCUGCGGCUCUAUGACGAGUCGGUGCAGCACGUGUGCGUGGAGUCGUGGACGACGUGCGAGCGCGCCGCGGCCGCCGCCCUGGCCGCAGCUGGUGUCUCCAACCACGCCACCGGGUGGACGCUUACCAUGGAACACAAUGGACAGCUUACUGAAUGGGCAGGCUGCGAGUACGCACUGGAUGCGAUAGGCGAGAUUGAAACGUGGGCAGCGCUGCCGUCGGCGCGGGGCGAAGCCCUACGACCCGCGCAGGGUCGCGCCACGCCGCCUGCACCACCGCCGCGAGCCUCCUCCGUCAACGCGGAUACGCAUCCGAUCCCAGCCCCCGACACGCCGAAGUCCCGGUCACCGAGCAUCCAGCGUCUUGUACUUCAAGAGUCCAUCGACGAGGUCUCCGAGUACAACUGGAAGAUGGAACGCGAGGAGACGCAGCACAAGAACACCAGCGAUUACUCCCGCAAGAUCUCCCACGACAUACUGUCCAGAGAGUCCGCACUCAACGAGCGAUACUUCGAACAGAACUCCGAUAAAGUUCGCAGCAGAUCGUUAGAUAACCUACUUGGAGAUAACCCCGUCCCGCAGCCGACCAAGCUGGCAGAUUUAGGACUCUCCCAAUCGCGUCUAAACGACCGCUAUCACUCAGUAGAGAGGCUCGGCGGCGCGCCGAGCGUUACCAGCAGUAAGGGGAAUAUGGAGAUCGAAUACGGCACAGGCUCGCGCGGUCCGCCGUCGCGGUACAUCAAGUCGCAAUACGCCGGGAAACGCGCGCCCGCUGGGUCGCAGUCGAGUCGCGCGUACAUAGAGAAGAGCUCAGAGUUCGGCGGCGUCAGGUCUUCAGCCAUGUCCGACACCUCCGAAGCUCCCAGCUUGGCCUCUCACGUGCGUCGAGUCCGCGUCCCCAGUCAGGCGUCUGACGUCGACCAGUUCCUGGACGAUCUGUUCUCGCCAGUCCUCGACCCCAACAUCGACGAGCUAUCCGACGCCAGGUCAUUAGCAGCCAGCAUCAAAGGAGGCGAUAAAAAUUACAACGAAUUCUUAGACAGCGUUCUCACUUGUGAUUACAACGAACAGCUGGAAACGUUAAACGAUGUCCAAAACUUGCAAAUUCUAAUCAAAGGAGGCGGAAAGGAGGAAAAAGGGAAAACUAGUCGCAAAGAGUCAAGCGUUGAUUCAGUCGAUGAUUACAUAACCAAUUUGUUUGAUCCAAUUUUUAUGAAUGAUAGUUUGAAGCGACUGACGGACGGGGAAGGUCUUUCUGGUGCCAUAAAGGGUGGAGGCGCGACUCCGAGGGCGGCGUCGGCGAACACGUCGACGCUCAGUUUCGGGGCGAUGUCUCUGCCAUCGAUGCCGCAGAUGCCGGCCACUCCUGAAGCCCUGGCUGCCGCCCUGGGGUUGCAUCUACCUCCGCCCGGAACUGUGGAUAUAAAUUCUUACCAUCAGAACUUGCAACGAGCAUUUUUACAGAGUGCGAUGGCACAGAAUCUUCAAAUUCAACAGCAGUUGCUAGCCCAGAACCAGGCCUUGCAAACGUUGUUGGCUUCGCCGGUGGUCGAGUCUAACGAGUCUGAGCCGACGUCGCCAGUUCGUUCUUCUACCGUAGUACACGCUCAAGUGCAUUCACCUCCAAGGAAUUCUGUGGCUAAGAUACGUCGGGAGUCCAAUGAGAGCUCGACGGCCGGCGCGGCCCCGCCCCCGCCGCCGCCGAUGCCCCCACCACUGCACGUCACCGACCCGUCUGAAGUACGCGGAUUCAUGGACCCAUACGGUCGGGCCAAAACGGUCCGCAUCGGAAAAUGGCGUUGGCCCCCGCCGAAAGAUGCAAAUGGCCAGGAGUCAGCUCAAGACUUCACCAAGUUUAAGAUGCGUCAGAUACAACGAAGAAAUACUCCGUCGGCUCAAACUAACGGCGUAGAACACGAUCAGCCUCGCGGGCGGUCCCGCUCUGAGGCCUCGCCCGGCAUAGAGUGGGAGGAGUUCGAGGUGGACGGGCCGGUGUCGCCGAGCCGGGAGCCGCCCAGCCAGAGGACGGCGCGGAGGAGCUUCGAGAUCGGCGCGCAGCGGCCUUCGCCCGGCAGCGUCGGCAAGCUGAAGCUUAGCUCAGAGAUGAGGCAGAGGCUGGAGCGAGUCACUGCCAACCACUCUGUACGCAGCUCGUCGUCCGCCGCAGAGACGCCGCGUACCGUGAAUAAGUUGGAAGAUACCAGGAAGUUGAUGCUGGAGCGACAACUAGGCGGAGGUACGCGCUGGGACGCGCCGCCGCCGCCGUUGCCGCCCGCGCCGCCCGGGCCCGCGCCGCCGCCGCCGCUGUCGCCGCUGGCCCCGCCCACCCCGCCGGACAGGCCGGCGCCGCCGCCACCGGUUCCUGACUCGACGUCGUCAACCUUCGCCCAGCUGCGCCGGGACCGCGACACGUUUGGCGUCCAUCAGAACAUGGACCAUCGCGACGCGGACGACCGCCACGCGUUCCUCGCUAACUGGAACUCGCGUCGUCGCGAGGAAUCUGAGAACCGAGACGAUUUGGCGACGAGAUUCCUCACUUCGGACCGUCGGGAGAGUCGUCGGGUGAGGGACGACUGGGGCGAUGAGUCGGAUAUUAGGAGCUACGACGAGAGAGGCCAGCACGGUCGCGACGAAUGGGACUCCGAAUCUGGUUUGGACACUCGCGACCGCCGGGAGCGGGAUAACUUCUCGGGACGUGACGCGUCGGAAAUAUACGAGAUGCAUCCGACCAGGACGGAAAGGCGUAAGGAAGAGAACGGGUUGGAAGACACGUUUGAACGUAAGCGCUCGUCGCCGUAUUUCGACGAGUUCGAACGAUUUGAUGGCCGGAAGAACUCGAGGGAGAUGCUGGUAGGACGGGCUAGAGACAGCCCUAGGUCGGACUUGUUCCCUUCAGAUAAUAACGACACGUUAAAGCGAGACAGGCCGACGUUCAAGACCCACAUGGCCCAGAAGGAGAGAGACAGGAAGAUGGAGGCGGAGCGACGUCACUCCGUCUCUACGCAUGUCACUGACCGAACUGAACACAUUGAACGCGACGUCCCUGCCCCAGCAGCACUACUCCCACUGGAGGGUCCCUCUACAUUCCUGACGUACAGCCGCGUGCCAUGGAAGCUGCGCGUGCGCAAGGAGUACUUCACGCCCGCCGAGACGUAUAGCGACCCCGCCGUGCUCGACCUGCUCUAUCUACAGAUUGUCCACGACAUAACCUCGAACCUGCCGUCGCUGCGUAUCUCAGCGAGCGAGCGUCGCGCAGGCGCGGCAUGGCUGCGCGCGCAGGGCUCCGGGACUGCGCGAGCGCCGGCCAAACGACAGGCGGUGGAGAUGGCGCGGUCUUGGCCCUUCUACUUCGCGAGAUUGUUCGCUGCUCGAGUGCCUCCGGGAGAAAGUGCGGUCCUGGCAGUCUCACAUACUGCUGUGACUAUUGGAGUCAAGGGACCAACGGGUCUAACAAUCCGCCGCAGCAUCUCGCUGGAGGGCCUCCGCGCGUCGUCGCCGGCGCCGCACUCGCUGCAGCUGUCCCCGGCGCGGGCGCCGCCGCUCACGCUGCACGCGCCGCUGGCGCACCACGCGCAUGCGCUCAUCGCGGAGAUGGCGCUGCAGUACUCACAGGUGCAACCGAAACCGACCACAAAUGGAGUCACAAAAGAGCGCGUCACAGAGAGAGAAAGAGAGACAAGAGAGAACAGAGAAUCCAGAGAGUCGAGGGAUUCGAGGGAGAUGCGCGAAAUACGCGAGAGUAGAGAGUCACGGGAUGAGACGGAGCACGCAGAGCGACGGGCCCAGACGUCGUCGCCGAUACCGCGCGACAGGGAGAGAGAGAGGGAGAGGGACAGAGAAAGAGAUAUGAGAGACGAGAGGAGAGACCAGUCCACCCCGCAACACGACGGCAGGCAUCCGCUGCUGCAGUUCGCUGUGGAUCACUUCCGACAGAGUCCUGAACUAGAGAUCCUAAAAGCAGACUCGUCACUUAAGAGUAAGGCGAAGCGUAACGAAUGGACAUGGAAGGCUCAGACAGACGUGGUGAAGUGGCAGGCGACGCCGCUGAGGGCGCCGCUGCUACGCCUGCCACCGGCGCUCGGCCCCCCGGCCCUUGAGUGCUUCACCUGCAUCCGGGCCUACUGUGGGGACCUGCCCCCGCAGGAACGCGCUGUACAUCAGGAUCUUACUGAAGUUAAAUGCGUCUAUACUGUGCUUAUGCACUGCCAUUCUGUCCCGGAGCUGCGCGACGAGGUGUACUGCCAGCUGAUGAAGCAGACCACCUCCAACCGGUCGCCGUCGCCCGACUCGUGCCAGCGCGCCUGGCGACUUAUGUCCAUACUCGCCGCAUACUUCACAUGCUCUAACACGCUCAGGCCAUUCCUAGUUGAAUACCUGUCUGCGGCAGCGGCCGACAGACGACGGCCAUGUCAAGGCACGGCAGCUGUCUGUCUCGCGAACCUGAGGAAAACACUGCGGUGCGGCGGACGCAAAAACGUCCCCAGUGUCGAGGAGGUGACGGCGGUGUCAGCGGGCAGGUCGGCACGGCGACAGCUUUACCGGCUGCCGGGCGGCGCCGAGCGUGUCGUCAACACGCGCUGCGCCACAGUCGUCAACGACAUAGUCAAUGAGCUCUGUGAACUGAUCGGCGUGACCCGCGAAGCAGAGCGCCUGGAAUUCUCCCUGUACUGCAUAGUAGCGGGCGACGCGCUGACCAUGCCGCUGGCGGGCGACGAGUACGUGCUGGACGUGACCACGGAGCUGCAGCGCGCGCACCACCCCUUCUACCUCAUCUUCUGCCGCUCCGUGUGGCACCACCCGCUCAGGACCGACGCCCCGCCGCUUUACACUGAAGUGUUGUUCAACCAGGUGGCGCCGGACUACCUGGAGGGCCUGCUGCUGGUGGUGGCGGGCGGCGGCGCCCCCGCGGCGGGCGCGCUGCGCGACGCGGCGCUGGUGGCGGCGCUGCUGCACCGCGCCGCGGGGCUGGCCGAGGCGCCGCACCCGCGGGACCUCAAGUUCCUGCUGCCCAAGCCGCUGCUGGCGCUGCGCGAGCCGCGCCCCAACAAGUGGGCCUCCUGGGUGGCCGCCGAGUGGCCCGCCGCCAGGACGCUCACGCCCGCCGCCGCCAAGUCUAAAGUGUUACAAGUAUUAUCCCGCUGGCCACUCUUCGGGUCCUCGUUCUUCGCGGUCCGCCGCGUGUCUGGCGGCGGGGCGGGGGCGGGGGCGGGCGCGGGGGGCGGCGCGGGUGCGUGGCGCGAGCACGUGCUGGCGCUGAACCGGCGCGGCGUGCACCUGCUGCACCCCGCCACGCACGAGACCGACACGCACUGGCCCUACUCGGAGCUCAUCUCCACCAGGAAGGUCCGGUCGGAGGACGGCACGCUGUUCCUGGACGUGAAGUGCGGCUCGCUGCUGCAGCAGCGCGUGACGCGGCUGCAGGCGGAGCAGGCGCACGAGAUCGCGCGGCUGGUGCGCCAGUACGUCGCGCUGCAACGCGACCAGCGGCACGAGCCCGCUUUCAACGGCCAAUGAAGCGUCGAAGAACAAACGGAAUCAAAGCCCGCUCGAAUAAACAUUAGUGUACAUUGAUGAUUGUUGCGCACAAUCGUCGCUUGUACAUUCCACCUUAUACCUCACUGUAUCAAAUGUAUCCGUACCUUCAGGGGGUUAAAAUGGCCACAUCGAAGCAAUUCAUCUAAGAAAGCAAUAUUGCUAUUUGACAUUUGUUUGCAUUGCGCAUUUACUUUUAUAUGCGCAAAUGAAUUGCUUUGAUGUGGCCAUUUUAACCCCCCAAGAUCUGUUUAUAUUUUCAACGUAUUAUAAAGUAACGUUUAUAUCCGUAAAGUAAACCGAUUGAAAUGAUAAUAGGAUUCUAGGACACGAAGCGUUUUUUAUAAUUUUUAAAACCAAAACGCAUGUAAUCACGUAGAAAUACUUCUAUUUUCAUUUUAGUCAAUAUUUUACCCUAUCCGUUAAUGUAUAUCAGAAUCUUAUUCGGAAUCUUUAUUCUAAUUUUAAGUGAAUAUAAUUUAUGAAUAUUAUAAACUAUAAGAAAUUCUAACAUUCCAUUUAAUUUAUGUUAAUUUGUCAUUCAUUAAAAUAAUACCACCAAAAUAAUUUACUUUUUAAAAUAUCUAUAUUAUGAAACAAGGAUGUAUAUUAAAAUUUUAAGUCAUUUAUAGAACAAUGCAAAUAUUAUGAAGUUUGUUUUUUUUAAUGAAGUACUUUUACAUUCCAAGUUCAUAAUUAUAAAAUUUAAAAAAAAAAGAACAUUGCUCAUCGUUUUUACAUUUACACUAGUUAGGUAGAGAACCAAUAUUGUUAUGGAAUUCGUAUUAUGUUAUAAAUAGUACCGUUAUUUCCAUUCAAAAUAAAAUAAUUUAAUCGAUCUAAUAUCCCGUGCCUUAUCAUCUGCCGGAGUUAUAACUAGAGGUGCUAACUGUAUGAGAUCUUCGAACGGAAUUGAUAAAGGCUUUUUAUACUUACUAUAAACGAUGUUAUAUAAUAAAGUCCAAAGACCAUCUGGUCUGAGUCAUGUACUUAUUUCGUUGUCAUGUAAAAUAUUUAAAGAAUUAUGCGAUGUUUAAGAAUAUAUUGUAGAUACCAAUAAAUUGUAUUUUCAAAAUCAA